CUCUUUUUUUAGUUAUAAUUCCAAUAAAUAUUAUCGUUCUCAAUAUUUUCAUGGCUAUAAAAAUGCAAAUCCAACCAAACUUUAGGGUUUCCAUGCCCUUCCGUUCAUCUAUCAUCAUCUUCAAAGCUUCAUUUAUUGUGGACAAUCAUAAUAUUAACGUGGUUGAUCUUUCUGGGGCUUUGCUAUAUUGUGGCCAUGAGCUGGAAUGAUACUUCUUGUUCUUGAUCUUGAUCUUGAUCUGACUGAAUUGUGGUGGGGGUGGGGUUGUGAGAGCCCCUGGGUGUUGCUUAUGGAUUCUAGGAGUGAAUGUUCGGUUCUUGAAUCGGUGGAAGACAAUGAAGUAACCCAAGAUAGAAUGCCGCGUGAUGAUGACUGUGGUACAAAUUCUAAUGGGUCUUGUCCUAAUGAUAUUGAUAAAUUGGUUUCUGUCCAAAAUUCUAGUGCCAAUACAUCAGUGGUGGAUACAAAAGGAGAUGAUCUUGAAAGUGCUCAAGAGUUGAAUUCUCCACCACUGAAUGCUGAAUCUCCUGGUGGGAGUUCACCUGGGAGGACGAAGGGAUAUGGCUUGAAGAAAUGGAAGAGAAUUAAGAGAGAGUCUGUUAAUUAUGCUAGUGCAACUGUAGAUACUAGUAAAAUUUUGAAGCGGGGUUUGUCUGGUUCUGGGAAUCCAACAAAAGCUCAGCAUUUUCCUCUUGAUAUCAAGCAAAAUAGUGAGGGUUCGGUAGGAUCUGCAAAUGUAUUGACGACUCUGGAGAUUGCUGAUGGGUUUGCAAUACGUGGUUCAAGUUCAGAUUCUAGGUUCGCAGCUGGGUCUGCAUUUGCUGCCGGUACAGAUUCUGAUAACAGUGAGGAUCGGAGUAGCAAGUCUUCCACAGCAGCAAGUGCUCCAAAGGUGAGGUAUGAUCUGCCUGCAGUGUUGGGUCAUUUGCGAGAGAAGAAUAGGACAAAGAAUUUUAGUGGGAAGAGUUCGGGUAAUUCAGUGCAAAAGGGUCAGCAGGGAAAGGGACGGACUGAAGGCAGCAAGAAGCCUAGAGAAGAAAGGGUCAAAAUUGAGAAGGAAAACUCUCAUUCCAGCAUGGAAUCUGACUCAAGAAGCUCUGAUUUUAUCUUUGCGCAGGCUGGUUUUACUGCAAGUAAUGGAAAGCAAACUGGGAGGCCAAUGAAUUAUGAUGGUGAGAAUAAUGAUGAAGCUCAUGCGAGUGAACAGCUGUUAAGUGAUGAAGUUCAAACUGGUUACAGCAAAGAGAAUGUGGUCGAGGUUGAAGAUCUUUCACAAGAUGAUUCCGCUGCAGACUUGUCUUGGGAAGUCAAGGAAGAAAAAAGUGAGAACGAUCAGCCCUCAACAGAUCAGGAUCCUUUGGUUGAGUCUAUCUUUAGCCUCCAGUCUGUGCAAGAAGCACUGAAAAAAGAAGUUCAUAAACUAAGGGAGAUCGGAAAGGAACCUACAUCACUGCAUGACAGUUCAACUACCGGUGGUGGUGUGCCAGCAGUUUUCACUACUACAGAUCCAAAGAACCGCAUGCCAAGCUCAUCUGACCAACUGGGAUUUGAAAAGAUUAGACAAACUACUUUGUCAUCCUUGGAAGUCGAAGUAUUAAGCUUGACAAAGGUAAAAUCUUUGGAGAGCAAAUUGGAGGAGACAGGGGCUAUACUUGAGGCGAAGGACUGCAGGAUCGCUGAACUUGAAGCCACAAUAAGCAGUAGCAAGUCUCCAAAGGAAGAAUCCAGUAGCAACAUAGGGUUACAGGAGGAAAAAUAUAGAGAGAGAGAGACUGAGCUUGAGGGUCUCGUCAAGCAAAAGAUUGAAGCCGAGGUUAAGUACCUAGCAUUGAUGGGGACAAUACAGAUAAUGAAGGCUGCUGCGGCUGAUCAAUUCUCAGAAGAACAAAAUGCUCUGGCUGAGGGGCAAGCGCUGGUUGUGAACAAAAAUGGAGACUUAGAAAGCAAGGCCAGGAUGCUUAAAAAACAAGCAGAGGAUUUAGAUCAGUGUUGUGAAGAUAUAAUAGAGGCUGGAGAGGUUUCGAAGAUGCAGAAAGGGGUAUGUAAGCUGACAUUUCGCAUUUCCAUAAAGUUGAUAUUGCUUGUUAUGGUGUUCCGGCUUUUCGUCUUGCAGUUAUUGCCCCCACCUGGAUCGGUGGUACCAACCUGAGUCUGAGAACAGUAGAUCCUUUUUUGUGCAAUGUCAAAGUAUCUAGCCAAAUACUUGAAUGGUAAAGUUCAAUGUUAUUAUGCAGAAGUUUUUCGUCUUCCUUGUCAGUUGGGGGUGAUGGAGCUGUAAUAACGGUUUUAUUAUGACAAAUUGUGCAUUUUUCA